UUCGAUGAUAAAACACCCUUCUACGUAGGCCACUCCGUGGCUUACCGAGAACCGAGUGUCUGUUCUAGUUGACCAUCCUUUGAAAUGGAUACUGUGUGUUUUGUACUUUUGGCAUUACUCCGGGUCUCAGUGUGUUUGGAACACAUACCAAUCACAGGAAAUUGUUCUGAUGACGCAAGUACAACUGGAGAGAGAUUGGAAGUCUUCGGCAUAACAAAAACCAAGAUUACCUGUAACGUUCUCAAAUCAGAGGACUGCGGACCACUUCCUGGUGUGUUUGGUGGGAAUUCGAUAGGGAGGCCAAGGGACUUCCGUGUCGAGCCCAUAGCGGUGAACAAAACUGAAGGAUAUGUUCCAGUGGCAGUUUUCAAAUGGAAACCAUCUUCUUCAGGAGUAGACGCAGUGCAUCUGAAAGGGUUCCAACUGAAGAUAAGGAAAAUACUUGGAUCAGCUGAAUAUUCAGAGACUAUGUGCCGGAUAUUUGAUCUCUCAAGAACAAAAUUUCAGGGUAAUGAUAACAAUCUGGAAUUCUCUGAAACAUUUCCCAGAUUGGGGGCAGGGCCAGACAUUCAGUAUCAGGCAACGAUAUGUUCGCUGCCCCGUGAGGCCCAUUGUCAGAGCCUCCAUUUCGCCCUACCGGAAGUGCAAGAAAGGUGAGAAUGAUGACAAAGCGGAGAUGGUAAACCCGUCCUUGUACUGCAUACCUUGCACUAUUUUAUUGGCUUUGGCAUGCGAACGAUCAUGUUAAAACAUUAUGACUCAAAUCCGAUUUUGAGCAUUACUGUCGAGUUACUGUGCUAUUUUGGACCUCUUUUCUGUAAUUUCUGCAUGUAUGGUUGC